CUACGCAGCUAUUCAACAUGGUCAAACCACUGACAUUCAAAGGCGACAAAAAAGCAAAGAAGAGAAAGCGGGUCGACACCGAGGAGAAAUUCGGCAAUGGAGAAACAUCGACGUCGAGAGAACUCACGACUACACAGAAAGACGAAGACCCUGCGGUGGAAGACGAUAGCUGGGUAACGGCAGAAGCAACAGGCGAUGUUGUGGGACCAAUUGUCUUGGUUGUACCUUCGGAGCCACCGUCAUGCAUAGCAUGCGAUGCCGGCGGCAAGGUUUUUGCGAGUCAACUCGAGAAUAUCAUCGACGACGACUCCUCGACUGCGGAGCCGCACGAUGUUAGGCAGGUGUGGAUUGCCAAUAGAGUCGCGGGGACAGAGACGUUUAGCUUCAAGGGUCAUCAUGGCAAAUAUUUGAGUUGCGACAAAUUCGGCAUGCUAUCUGCUAAUACAGAAGCUGUUUCCCCGCUCGAAUCUUUCCUCGCGAUUCCUACGGCCGAUACACCAGGCACAUUUCAGAUCCAGAAUCUUCGAGAGACGUUUCUUACUAUCAAGCCUUCGACGUCUGCGAAAUCCAAUGCCCUGCCAGAGAUUCGGGGUGAUGGAGAGGCGAUUACAUUUAAUACAACGUUUCGGAUACGGAUGCAAGCACGAUUCAAGCCGAAACUCAAAGCGUCGAAAGAAGAGAAGGCUAGGGAGAAGAUUAGUAGGAAGGAGCUUGAGGAAGCUGUUGGGAGGAGGCUGGAGGAUGAUGAGGUGAGGAAGUUGAAGAAGGCUAGAAGGGAGGGGGAUUAUCAUGAAGCGUUACUGCUUAUCAAGGUGAAGAAUAAGCAUGAUAAAUACAGUUGAAUAGCGAAAGCUUUCUUCAUGUUCGUCUGCUAGGGUGUAGACCAGGGAAUGCGAAGAUGCUACUUGGUGAGGUCAGUGGAACGUCCGAGGACGAACCAAGUCGAACAAGCACGAAAAGUCCCAGAAAAGUACCAGAAGAGAGGACAUCUUAGUCCAUACUGGCUGGCUGCUGUGAAUGACAGGGCAGAAUACAGCUGCUAUGGAUGAAGCGAUUGCCAAAUGGACGACAAGGAGAGCUCGUCUAUUCUAGGAUAUGGUUGGCAAAGCAAAUGGCUAUGGUAGCCAGUGUAGAUGACCGACCUAGAAAAAUCCUACAGUCAUUGUUAACAUUCCCUGGACUUAUCGUCG